AUGUUGCAGAGACGUGUCAGCCAAGACAGCCCCACAACAUCCAGAGACUUAAGGAUUGAGGAGAUCCUCGAAGUAUUCCUUCCACCUUCCGACAAUAUCCCCAGUCAAGGUCAGCAACUCUCCACCAGCACCAUACACAGUGCUGGCAGAGAGCUGCUUAUCCCUUCUGAGGCGCCGGACGGUCUGCCAGAAUUUCCCCGAGGCCGACCGAUAGUCCUUCUCCAUGGCCUCCCCGAACUCCUCCCAGACCCAAGUUUUUGCUUCCACAACCACCCGGGCUGCAGCUCGCUUGGCCUGCCGGUACUCAUCAGCUGCCUCCGGAGUCCCACGAGCCAACCAGGCUCGAUAGGACUCUUUCUUCAGCUUGACAGCAUCCCUUACUUCCAGUGUCCACCACUGGGUUCGGGGAUUGCCGCCACGACAGGCACCAGAGACCUUACGGCCACAGCUCCUGGUAGCUGCGUCAACAAUGAAGAAGGAGAACAUGGUCCACUCAGACUCAAUGUCCCCAACCUCCCUCGGAAUCUUGUCGAAACUCUCCCGGAGGUGGGAGUUGAAGACCUCCCUAACAGAGGGUUCAGCCAGAUGUUCCCAACAGACCCCCACAAUACGUUUGGGUCUGCCACGUCUGUCCGGCAUCCUCCUCUGCAAGCGGAUCCAACUCACCACCAGUUUGUGAUCAGUUGA